AUGUGGGACGAUUUUUGCCAUGAAGGUAAGUCUCUGUUGAGCCCUGAAUCCAUCUCUAAGCUUUGUCUCUCCAUUUCUCUUGUCUUCACAAAUUGGGUCCAAUCUCUCCCCCAAGAAAUCAUACCCAACAUCCUCAUCAGACUACCCAUCAAAUCCUUGAUCAAGUUCACCUCUGUAUGUAAAUCUUGGAACUCCACAAUCAAAGACCCAAGCUUCAUCCUCACCCACCUCACACACAAGCUCAAUAUCAAUGACCAAAACGCCACCCACCCUCUUCUCCUCCACACUGUUCACAGUGAAGGCACCUCUCCCAAGUCCUUUGGAAGAGUUAACAUCUCUGGUUUCAAACAAGACUCUUACUCUCUGCAUUAUGAUAACAACGAUGCUGGGGGUGAGUAUUGCAAGGUUGAAUUCCCAGUAGUUCUUAAGGAAAAGCUGAUCAAUGGGUGUUUUCGUCUUGUGGGUACUUGUAAUGGGCUGGUUUUGCUUGCUGAUGAUAUGGGGGAGUAUGGCUACACCUUUGUUAUAUGGAACCCUAGUGUCAGAAAGUACGUGACCCUUCCCAAACCAUCUGUGAGGUUUUCGACUCACGGUGACUAUGUUGCUUCCCUUGGUCUCUGUUAUGAUGCUACUAGUAAUGACUAUAAGGUUGUGAGACUCACCACUCUUUUGGAUCCCCGUGAUAAAUACCCGAGAACUCUAGCUCAGGUUUAUUCACUAGUUACAGGCUCUUGGGGAAUGCUCAGUACGUUGCCUUCAUGUGUUGUGCCGCAUUCAUGGGUCCAGGUUUUCGUCAAUGGGGCACUUCACUGGCUAGCUAUCCAUUCAAUAGAUGGAGAAAUUGCGUAUUUUGUUUUGGCAUUUGAUGUGGCUAGUGAGACAUUUGGGGAGAUUGUGUUGCCCAUGAGCUUCAUUGUGGGGUUUCCAGUGGAGUUGAAGUUGUCUGUUUCUGGAGAUCGGAAAUUUAUUGCACUGUUUGUGAAGUUUGAGAAUGAGGGUGAUCCUUUUGUUGAUAUUUGGGUAAUGAAAGAAUUUAGCGAGGAGAAGUCAUGGACUAUAUUGAACAUUCUCAGCCUCCUAGGUCCGAAAAGAAGUCUGACUGAGGCAUUGUGUUUUAGGAGGAGUUGUGAGCUGGUGUUGGUAUUGGGGGAUAGCCGUGAUUUAGUAUUGCUUGACACUGUGAGUGGAGAGGUUAAACUUUUAGGGAUUUCUGGAGGACAGGUUUGCUCUGCUGGCUCUUACGAAGAGAGCCUUGUCUUGCUUGACAGGGAAGAUGCAGCUUCAUACUGAGAGAGCAAGAAUAAGUAAGAUUGGAGAUAUUAGCAAAUGGCUUUUGAGACUGUUUUUUAUAGCUAUGAGAGUGUGAAUUGCGAAUCGAUUUCAGCAUGCUAUUAUGAGCACUACAGUACUGGUAUAGUUGAUGUGAUUUUUGAAGAACUUUUCCUUUUGAGAAGGG